AUGGCUUCCUUACACCAAGCGCCCAAUAUGGCGCCUGGCAAUCUGCCGAAUCUCACGCCGCAAAAUGUCCAGGAAAUCCUCACGAAAUAUCGGCAGAUGCAAGAGCAAGGCGUCCGCUCUGAUGACCCGGAGUUUCUCAAAGCCCAGAGCGUACUCAUCGCUAUCCAAAGACAGCAAGCUUUCCAAAAGAAGCAGCGCUUUGCUCAACAGCAGCAACAACAGCAGCAGGCGAAUGGAGCUACGCCCGAGGCUGCCAAUGGUUCUCAUGGCCGCACCCCUUCAGCUUCCUCAGCUGCCACCCCUAGCGCUCCCGCUGCUGCCUCUGCAGCAGCCCAGAACCAGAAAAAUGCCACUGUCGCCAGUGGUUUCGAACCAGAGCAGCUAGCAACCCUCCGCAACCAAAUCUUGGCUUUCAAGAUGCUAUCCAAGAAUCUCCCCAUUCCCCCGCGUGUCCAAGAACAGCUUUUCCAAAACUCAAAGAAGUCCCUGCCACCUACACCCACGGACACUGUUGCCGCAGCCGAAAAGAUCGUUGAGGCUGCGAAUGACAGCUCUGGUAGCCAGGCUCCGGAGAGCUCAGAAGCUGAAGUCUUGACUCGGGAGUGGUAUGACAAUCUCCAAUCCCCAUACGACUCGCUGUCCAAGACCAUCAGCUACACUGACCACGCCAAUCGUGCAAACCGUGUGCGCAUCCCCGCUCUUUUGCCCCCUGGUAUCGACUUGGAGCAGAUGCGUGCCGAUCGUGAGAUGAUAUUGUACAACAAAAUCACCGCCCGUAAAGCAGAGCUUGCUCGACUUCCCGCCAACCUUGGUGUCUGGGAUACCAGCAAGAGUGACGCGCCGACAUACGAUGACUCCCUCAAGCUGAAAGCCCUGAUCGAGUAUAAAUCGCUUAAUCUUUUGGCCAAACAACGACAGUACCGCAAGCAACUCCAAGGCGAGAUGUUCCACUACAGCAACCUUGGCAUGACAGCCAAUCGCUCUAGUCACCGUCGCAUGAAGAAGCAGUCUCUGCGCGAAGCUCGCAUCACGGAGAAACUUGAGAAGCAGCAGCGUGACGCCCGCGAAUCUCGAGAGAAGAAGAAGCAGUACGAUCAGCUGCAGGCUAUCAUCAACCACAGCGUUGAGCUUGCCAAUGCCACUACCCAGCAACGCGCCCGCUCGCAGAAGCUGGGUCGCAUGAUGAUAUCACACCACCAGCACAUGGAGCGCGAAGAGCAAAGACGCGUGGAGCGAACCGCCAAGCAACGUCUGCAGGCUCUGAAGGCGAACGACGAGGAGACAUAUUUGAAACUUCUCGGACAGGCCAAGGAUUCUCGUAUCUCUCAUCUUCUCAAGCAGACCGAUAAUUUCCUCAAACAACUUGCCGCAUCAGUCAAGGAACAGCAGCGUAACUUGGCGAAUCGGUAUGGUGAGGCGCAUGACCUCGACGACGAGUCUGACGAAGAGAUCGCCGACAGCGAGAAUGAGGGAGACAGCAGCACCGCCACUGGAAAGAAGAAGGUUGAUUACUAUGCUGUCGCACAUCGGAUCAACGAAGAAGUUACCUCGCAGCCUGCUAUGCUCCAGGGAGGUACCCUUAAAGAGUAUCAGAUCAAGGGUUUGCAAUGGAUGAUCUCUCUGUACAACAACAACCUGAACGGUAUCUUGGCCGACGAGAUGGGUCUGGGAAAGACUAUCCAAACAAUCAGUUUGAUCACGCAUAUCAUCGAAAAGAAGAAAAACAAUGGGCCGUUCUUGGUCAUUGUUCCACUCUCCACACUUACCAAUUGGAACAACGAGUUUGACAAGUGGGCCCCUGGAGUGAACAAAGUGGUCUACAAGGGCCCACCCAACGCCCGAAAGCAGCAGCAACAACAGAUUCGGUGGGGCAACUUCCAGGUUCUUCUUACCACCUAUGAGUACAUCAUCAAGGAUCGUCCGAUUUUGAGCAAAAUCAAGUGGACCCACAUGAUCGUUGACGAAGGUCAUCGCAUGAAGAACACUCAGUCUAAACUCAGCAGCACUCUCUCCACCUAUUACACCAGUCGCUACCGUCUGAUUUUGACUGGUACUCCCUUGCAAAAUAACUUGCCCGAAUUGUGGGCUCUUCUCAACUUCGUGCUGCCAAACAUUUUCAAGUCUGUCAAGUCCUUUGACGAAUGGUUCAACACUCCUUUCGCGAAUACUGGUGGUCAAGAUCGCAUGGACCUGAGCGAAGAAGAGCAGCUUCUUGUCAUUCGUCGUCUUCACAAGGUUCUCCGGCCAUUCUUGCUGAGACGUCUGAAGAAGGACGUCGAGAAGGAUCUGCCUGACAAGCAGGAGCGGGUCAUCAAGUGCCGAUUCUCUGCUUUGCAGGCUAAAUUGUACAAGCAACUUGUCACUCACAACAAAAUGGCUGUUACCGAUGGCAAGGGUGGUAAGACCGGAAUGCGUGGUCUGAGCAACAUGCUUAUGCAGCUGCGAAAACUCUGCAACCAUCCUUUCGUCUUCGAACCUGUUGAGGACCAAAUGAAUCCCAGCCGCAUGUCUAACGACCUUCUCUGGCGUACGGCAGGAAAGUUCGAGCUGCUUGAUCGUAUCUUGCCGAAGUUCCGUGCCACUGGCCACAGAGUCCUGAUGUUCUUCCAGAUGACCCAAAUUAUGAACAUUAUGGAGGAUUUCCUUCGCCUUCGAGGGCUGAAGUAUCUCCGUCUGGACGGAUCAACCAAGUCUGAUGACCGGUCGGAUCUCUUGAAACAGUUCAAUGCCCCUGGAUCUGAAUACUUCUGCUUCUUGCUUUCUACCCGUGCAGGUGGUCUUGGUCUUAACCUGCAGACGGCAGAUACUGUCAUUAUUUACGACUCAGAUUGGAACCCUCACCAGGAUUUGCAAGCCCAGGAUCGUGCCCAUCGUAUUGGUCAGAAGAACGAGGUCAGGAUUCUGCGACUUAUCAGCUCCAACUCGGUUGAAGAGAAGAUUCUUGAGCGUGCACAGUUCAAGCUGGACAUGGAUGGAAAGGUUAUCCAGGCCGGAAAGUUCGACAACAAGUCCACCAACGAGGAGCGAGAUGCACUUCUGCGAACUCUUUUGGAUUCCGCGGAGGCCGCGGAACAGAUUGGCGAUCACGACGAAAUGGACGACGACGAACUCAAUGAAAUCAUGGCCCGUUCCGAGGAAGAAAUUCCUAUCUUCCAGGAGAUCGAUAGACAGCGAAUUGCCACCGAUCAGUAUGGGCCUGGCCACCGCUAUCCUCGACUUAUGUGUGAAGAAGAAUUGCCUGAUAUUUACAUGCAAGAGGACAACCCUGUCACCGAGGAAGUUGAAAUCGAAGUCACUGGCCGUGGUGCUCGUGAGCGCAAGGUGACCAAGUACGAUGAUGGUCUCACCGAAGAGCAGUGGUUGAUGGCAGUGGACGCCGAGGAUGACACUAUUGAGGACGCUAUCCGACGCAAGGAAGCUCGCGUUGAGCGCCGCAGGUCUAACAAGCUUGGGCGCGAUAUGGAUGAAUCUUCACCUGAGCCUGAUUUGGACGAAGACGAGACGCCACAAAAACAAAAACGCCGUCGUGGGCCUCCCCCCAAACGCAAGGCCGAGGAGGUUGCAGAGGAAACGCCACAGCCUAAGCGCAAGAGAGGCCGGCAGCCUAAGAUUCCGGAUACUCUUAACCCGACCGACCGGGCCAAUUUGAAUCGCAUUGUCGAAAGCGUCACCCAGACGCUGAUGGACAUGGAGGUUGAGGUGGCGCCAGAGGGUUCUGAUAGCGACGAGGGGGGCCCCAUCUUCCGUUCUGUUAUUGAGCCAUUCGUGAAGCCGCCGUCACGCUCUGCCUAUCCCGACUACUACGUCAUCAUUCAGAAUCCCAUUGCUAUGGAGGGGAUUCAAAAGAAGAUCAAGCGGUCCGAUUACCAGAGUCUGAAGGAGUUCCGCGACGACAUCCACUUGCUUUGCCAGAAUGCUCGUACUUACAACGAGGAUGGUAGUGUGUUGUUCCAGGAUGCCAACGACAUUGAGGCCAAGUGCUUGUCUGAACUGCGCCGAUUGACCGAAGACCACCCUGAACUCGCUAACUUCGAAACCCCGCCGGCCGGAGAUGGUUCGACCGGGUUUACUUCCGGUGUUGACACUCCACUCACUGCUGGCACCCCCGGCCAGCCCAAGCUGAAGCUCACAUUUAACAACCCCAAUCGGGACAGCCCUUCCAACGGAGCUGAGUACGGUCUUGGAGAGUGA